AUGUCGCCAACGUCAGGCGCGGCUCGGCCGACGAACCUGGCCUCUUUAUUCGGCGACGAUAAAGACCCGCAGCCCAUGUGGCUGGACAAAUCAGCGUUCCUGGACCCGUCGUUCGACCCCGACGCGUACAUAGCGACGGUGAGGCGCAUAGCGCCGCUGGAGUCGGUGCGCGCGGAGCUGCGGGAGCACCUGGCGGCGCUCAAGAGCGAGCUGGUGGAGCUCAUCAACCGCGACUACAACGACUUCGUCAACCUCUCCACCAAGCUCGUGGACGUGGACGGGGCAGUGCUGCGCAUGAGAGUCCCUCUCACGGAGCUCAGGGCGCAGCUCCUAGCAGUGCGCAGCAGCGUGGCAGCGGCGCCAGCAGCGCUAGAGGACGGGCUGGCGCGCAGGGCAGAGGCGGCCACAGCACGCCAAAUACUCGAGCUCCUUCUAGACACCUCCAACGUGCUCUCCAAGGACCUGCCAUUCGUGCGGUCAGUGGAGGGGCGCAUCCGGCAGGCGAGCAGCACGCUGGCAGGGCACCUGCGGCGGUGCCUGGAGCGCGGCCUGCACCAGCGCUGGCGCCGCGUGGUGUACCACUGCCUGCGCGCCUUCGCCUCCCUGGACGCCGCUGCUGACGCCGAGGAGCUUUUCCGCCGGGCCGUCAUCGCUCCCCUCGUGGCCCAGGCGCUGCUGGGAUCAACAGCGGGAGGAGGAGCAGCAGGAGGAGGAGCAGGGGGAGGAGGAGCAGGAGGAGGGAGCAACAGCAGCAGCAGCAGCAGCAGGAGGUGGCGCCGUCGUCGCCCAAGUCCCCGUCCUCACCCACCUCUGCCGCCGCAGCAGCAGCAGCAGGGGACCUACUGCAAGACGUGGCUGCAUGUGUUUCAGUUCCUUGCAGCUAGUGUGCUGAAAGAGGUGGCUGCUGCGCUGCACCGGUCACACGCUGCUGCCUUCUCCCCCGGCCGACCCGCCCAGUUCCUGCUCAACUACAAGGCGUCGCUUGACUUUCUCGCCUUCCUGGAAGGCUUCUGCUCGAGCCGUGAAUCGCUCGCCUCCUUCCGCGUGCAUCCCUGCUACUCGGAUUUCCUCAAGGGCUGGAACCUCGCUGUCUACUAUGCGUCUCGCUUCCGAGAAAUCGCCGGGCUUCUAGACGACGCACUGGUGCCGCCGCCCGCCAGCUCAGCAGCAGCAGCGGCGCGCGUGGCGGUGCAGAGGGCAGCGGUGCGGGGCAUGGGAGUGGGGCUGCAGGCGUCGGUGGUGCUGUGGGAGGCGCUGCAGCGCUGCUGGCACCCCGCCGUCUUCAUCCCCUGCAUCGCCGACAAGUUCCUGCGCCUCACCCUGCAGCUGCUCUCCCGGUUCGGCAAGUGGGUGAUGGCAGGCGUGGCAGCAAGGAGAGCAGGGUCAGCAGCAGACAACCCAGGAGGCGAGUGGGGCCUAGCAGCCACACCAGAGGACCUUGCGCUGAUGUGGCACGACCUGCUAGUGCUCUCCUCCAACAUCAGAGCGGCCUAUGUGGGCGAGUUAGUGCAGCAGCUGGGACCUGGGGUGACAGGGGAGGUGCGGGCUGCAGUGCGGGGCGAGGUGGAGAGUGCAGCGGACGGGCUGCAUGCACUCACAGCGCAUGUGGCAGCGCUGCUCUCGGAUAUCACUGCGGAUCGAUGCAUCGAGGUCCUGAGGCCUGUGAGAGCGAUAGCAGCCAUGUAUCGAGUGCCUAGUCGCCCACCCCCCACCCGCCAUUCACACUACGUACCAGGAGUGCUUCAACCUCUCAAGGUUGUUCUGGAGGGUGAUAAAGCCCGCGCAGCAGCAGCAGGGGGGGCAGGAGGGGCGGAGGAGGUGUGGAGUGAGGAGAUGAGGGCGGUGGUGGUGGGUCAGGUGGUGGAGCGGGUCACUCAAAAGUUUGACGAGCUUGCCAAGGAGGUCGUUGCCACGGCGCGGCGAACGGAGUCGUCACUGAAGCUGCUGCAGCAGCGGUCUAUGAAGCGGCCCCCGGGAGCAGCGGAUGCGGGGGGGGCGUCAGGCAUGUCAGACACGGAUAAGAUCAUAGGCCAGCUCUUCCUGGACGUGCAGGAAUAUGGCCGCAUAAUCCGCACGUUUGGGUUGGAGCCAACAACUGUUGCACCCUUUGCCUCCGCCGCCGCCGAAGAAAGAUCAAUGUCGCAGUCUCAGCAGCUCGCGAAACCCGCUGCAGCUGUCUCCGAGUCGUACCUAUCAAGUAUAUGGUCCUUCUGGAAGCGGCGUCGGCGCGCGAUUCUGAUAACUCUGGGCGUGGUGGGCGUGGGCGUGGGGUCGUACGUGGUGUAUCAACGGCUGCACGCGCGGCUGCUGGAGGACCAGCAGCGCAUCCAACGGCAGCAGCAGCAGAUCCUGGAGGAGGCGAUUCGCGAGGCGGAGGAGAAGCGCCGCGCGGAGGAGGAACGCGAGGACGCGCAGAUCCGAGCGCACUUUGAGAGCAUUCAGCGGAUAGCGGACGCCACCACGCUGCCAUCAGUGCUGCCGCACCUGCGCACGCAGCUCUUCGCCUCCAUCAACCUCACCGCUCUCACCGAUGCGCUCUUCUCCUCCCGACAACACGCCGCUUCUUCCACUGCCGGUGCUGCUGGGGAAGGUGGAGCAGCACAGGCCAGUGUCGCCCGUGCUCCACUGAGUGCACAGGAGAAGCUUCGGAUAUGGGAGGAUCUGAAAGUGCUGAGUUUCUGUCGCACGCUGUGUGGCAUGUGGUCCCUGGCGCUGCUCUCGCUCUUUGUGCGUGCACAGCUCAACGUGCUGGGCCGGCGGGUCUUCCUCGACGCCGCUGUGCGAUCUGCCAGUUCCUCAUCACUGCAGGACCCGCAGCAGCAGGCGUGGAGGAAGAGGCAGCUGCCCAUGCGCUGCCAGCACCAGUUCAUUGCUCUCGCAGACUACCUCCCCCAGAUAGGCCUGCGCUCCCUCACCAGAGACGCCCAGGCCUUCAUUGCUCCAAUACUAGAACGGCUUUCUCUCCGUGACAACAUAUCUCUCCCCCAACUGCUCUCUCUCAUCCACGACAUCCGCCUCGAAUUCGAGGCCCGGGAUUGCGCCACGUGGCAGCGCUACCUCCUCCCACCCGACAAUUACCUCCCGGCUGACCUGGCGGCUACCUCCCUUGCCGCGGAUGCAUCAGCAGGAGGAGGCACAACAGGGCAGGGAUUGGGGGGAAUGGGGGAAGGUGGGGGGAGGGUGAGGGUGGGUGCUGUUAGUGCGAUGGAGGAUGAGGAGGAUCAGGCUCUGCUUGGGGAACUGAUGGAUGAAUUGCGGCAUGUGCUCAGCAGCUAUGAGUUUCAGGAAGCCCUUUCAGCAUCGCUGGAUGCGCUGACAGAAGCAGCACACGAGCAUCUUGCAGCUGCGUUCCCCUCUGCUGCUCCACAGCCAUCACCCUGUGACACGUGGGAUGGAGGUAUCUUCUGCUGCAACGCGAGAAGGCGGAGCAAGAGAACCGCCCAAACUGUUGACGCAUCUCAAACAGCCGUGCCAGCGUGGCCGCAGAAGGACGCUGGGCCGUACGGCUCAAACAAGGCGCCAGCGCGGCCUGACAUGGCACCACUGCCCAGCAGCUAUCCCACGGCUGUGCUCCCGUUAGGCGUGCCGGGCGAUUCCGCGCUAGCCGUAUUUUCGUACAACGACCUGCGGGCAGCCACGGAAGGGUUUCGCUCCGAUAAUAGACUGGGGGAGGGCGGGUUCGGUAUAGUGUACAAGGGGUGGGUGUGCAUGAGACCUGGCGCGCGGCCGGAGGAGGUAGCGGUGAAGGUUCUGAACCACGAGGGCCUUCAGGGGCACAAGGAAUGGCUGGCGGAGGUGAACUUUCUGGGGCAGGUGUACCACCCGCACCUGGUGCGGCUGAUAGGGUACUGCGCGGAGGCGGAGCAGCGGCUGCUGGUGUACGAGUUCAUGUGCAACGGCAGCCUCGAGGUCCACCUCUUCCGACAGCACCUGACGGUGUUGCCAUGGAACACACGCAUGAAGAUUGCGCUGGGAGCAGCGAGGGGCCUGGCGUAUUUACACGAGGAGGCCACUCGCCCCAUCAUCUACCGCGACUUCAAAACCUCCAAUAUCUUACUCACAGAGGACUUCUCCGCCAAGUUGUCUGACUUUGGGCUGGCCAAGGACGGUCCAGAGAGUGGCAAGACCCACGUGUCCACGCGUGUCAUGGGCACCUAUGGCUAUGCUGCUCCUGAAUACGUCAUGACUGGCCAUCUGACACUGAAGAGUGAUGUGUACAGCUACGGAGUGGUAUUACUGGAGAUGAUCACGGGGCGACGAUCCAUGGACAAAUCCUUUCCCCCAGAGGAGCACAGUCUGGUGGACUGGGCGCGCCCCUUCCUGUCGGACCGGCGCAAGGUGUUCCGCCUGCUGGACUCGCGCCUGGACGGCAUGUACUCGGUCAAAGGCGCGCAGCAUGCCAUGGCUCUCGCGCAGAGCUGCCUCAACAGAGACCCCAAGGCGCGGCCGGUUAUGAGCGAUGCGGUGAAGAUUCUGGAGGCGCUGCAGGAUUUGGAUGACAUGGCGGUGUAUGGUGGGGGUGGUGGGUCCGGGAGGAGAGCGGGAGGAGGAGGGGUUUCUCCGAGUUCGCCUGGAGGUGGUUCGGAUGGUGGUGGAAGCGGUGGGGGGAGAGCGAGUCGCUACCCUCGCGACCAGCAUCCGCGUCGCUCUCGCGCGAUAACGUCAACCACCGCAGCAGCAGCAUUGCCUCGCGGCUCGCCCGUGCGAGUGCAAUACCCUCGCCGGUCCGCAUUUCUUCGCGUGCACGGGUCUGGAAGGCCGUUUCACGGCCUCAGCAGUCUCCAUGGCAUCGUAAGCAGCCCUCGAGGAGGAGCGACGUGCAGGAAACGCAACGCGUCGCUGCUGCGGCUCCGAGCCGUUUCUCCCCGUGCCGGCCCGUACGACUCUGACCCUCAGCCGCCGUCGCGAACGCCGCCGCUGCCGUCUUCGUCAUCGCCAGCAUCAUCAUCCGAGGAUGCUUAUGUCGAGGAUGCUCUCUCCGCAUCAGAUGUUACUGGCUCGACCGCGGGAGAUCCAGCGGGAUUCUCUGUCAACGACGCUGACUUUUCAGACGGCAGCUCCGGAGCUGCCAACACUGGUAUAAACAUCGGUAACAACAGCUACAGCGGCUACACUUCGUUCUACUCCAGGAGCAAAUCCAUCGGCAGUUCUUCGUCUGGCUAUGGCGGCACGAGCGCGUUUUACGGCGGGACAAGCUCCGCGAGUGAAGGCGAAGAGGGGUUGUCGGAUAGCGAGAGCCUAUUGGAGAGCAGCGCGGAGUUGGGCGAGUAUCGGAAGCGGUUAACGGAUAUAUUGCUCGCGACGGACGUGGGGAGCUGGCAGGAGCGCAUCGCGCUGCUGCGCAAGGGCAUCCACAGCUCCCAAGGCCCCGCGCUGUCGGAGCUGGCGUUCCGCCGAUCGCGCUUUCACCGCACGCCCGCGCCGUCGCCUGCGCCGCCGUCGCAAGACGCAUCCGGUACUAGUUCCGCGGACUAUCCUUCCGCGGACUUCGCCCCCCCGCUAGCUGCGGGGACGUGGGGGGACUCGGCGCAAGAGGGCGAGGGCGAGGGCGAGGAGGAGUGGCAGAGCUUGGCAGGAGUGCGCGGCGGCGAGUCCGCUUAUGGCGCGUACGGCUCGUGGAGUGCGUCCAGCGCGGGGGAGGAUACGGAAGGCGGGCUGGUGACGGACGGGGAAGGGGAAGGGGAAGGGGAGGGGGAAGGGGAGGGGGAGGGGAGGGAGGAGGUGUUGGGGAUGCAGUGGUCGACGGUGUGUGAGGGCGUGGUGGUGGGAACCAGCCCUGCCACGGCUGCUGACGUGGACGUGAUCAAGCGGAACAUUGGCGCUGAUGCCAUGCUUUGCCUUGAGACGGACGAUUGCAGGGACGCGUUGGGGUUACCGUGGAGCGAGGUGAAGGACAUGGCGCAGCGCGCGGGCAUUGUGGCGCUUAGAGUGCCCAUGCGCCCUAUGGACUCCGCCAACCAGGGCGCGCUUCUCCCAGAAGCCAUCCGCGUGCUGUCCGCGCUGCUGCACGCGGGGCGCACCUCCCCACAGCCGCAGGCGCAGCAGGCGGAGGAAGGGCAGAGAGGGGCAGGCAGUGGCGGUGAGGGCAAUGCAGGAGGAUACAGGUCUGAGGCUGAGAGGGAGCGAGGAGAGGGUUUCGAAGUGUGGGACGAGGCGGCAAGGGAGGCGAGCAGUGAGGGAGGAUGGAUGCCGUCCGUGGCAUCGCCAGGAGAAGCAUCGUCAGUGUCAGCAGCAGCAGCAGCAGCAGCAGCAGCAGCAGCAGCGGCGUCAUCUCCCCAGCGCACUGUGUUUGUGUGCUGCACGUCGGGAUGCCAUCGCAGCCCUCUGGUGGCGCUCGGCUUCCUCACAUUUGUACGUGGCAUGGAGUACCGUGAUGCCAAGACGCUGCUCAUCAACGCGUGCCCUGAGGCUGUGCCCUCCUUCCAGGCGUGGGACGAUGCGAGCAGCAAGCUAGCAGCGGUGGACAUGAAGGGGCUGACCAUGCGAGCAGAGGACAUCAAGGCACGCCGCAUGCAGCAGGGCCUCCCGGGCGAGUCCGUCGACGACUGGCUGGCGGCGCAGCGGUCGCUAGUGGCGGAUCACUUUCAGCAGCAGCUGCACAACGACCUUGUUAUUGCCAACUCUCUUUACAGGGCUGGGAUAGCAGGCGAGAACAUGCUGCAAGAGCUGGGUGAGUAUGGUCAUGCUGCUGCUGCUGCUGCUGCUGCUGCUGAUUCUGCUGAUUCUGAUGGGACGUUGGGCGGCGGGAUUUUUGCAGAGGAUGUGGGCCUGGAAGGGGAUUGGAGCGAGUGGGAGGACUCGGGAGAGUCGGAGGUUGAGGGUGGUGUGGGAGGAGGGGUUGUGGGUGAAAGCGCAUGGCUGCAAGCACAGAGGGGGCUGGGUGAUGGUGAUGGUGAUGGUGAUGGUGAUGAUGGUGCUUUUGCAGCAGCUGCUGCUGCUGGUACCACUGCGGCUGCAGAUGUGGUUGCGAUUGAAGGUCUGGAAGGAGGAGUUGAAAGUGAGGAGUGGUUGGGGAGGGCGGGUGUGAAAGGGGUUGAGAGCGGUACUGACAGCGAAUGGGGUGGUGCUGCUGCUGGGGGUGUUUUUGUGGGGGCGGCAUGGGGGGAUGAGUACGAGCAGCAGUACCAGGAGUGGCGUAAGGAGGAGGAGGCACGGGAGAGUGAGAGCGAGAACGAAAAUGCAAAGUGGGAUGCAAACGAGGGGGAGAGAGGGGAAUGGGAAGAAGGUGAGGAAGAGGGUGGGGAGAACAGGGAGGAGGUAUUUGGGGAAGGUGGUGAUGAUGAUGUGGAAGCGAGGGUUGGAGAGAGGCUGCUGGAGAUAGUGGGUGGUGUGGGGGAGGGUGUGGGGUUGGUGGGAGGAGGCACGGCUGCUGAUGAUGCUGACGGUUACUAUGAUGAGGAUAUGCUUCCUGUUGUGGGAGGUGCGGCGACUGAAGAGGGCGAGGGGGAGGUGGAGGAGGGCGUGUUUGUCACUGCUGAACAGGAGAUGGUCCUGAACGAGGAAGAAGAAGGGGAAUGGGAGGACAGGGAGGAGGGGGAGAAUGGGGAGGAGGAAAUGGAGGAGGGGGUGGAGGAGGGGGUGGAGGAGGAGGAGUGGAAGGGGAGUGGGGAGGUGGAGAACGGCGAGGUGCUUGGGUUGAGGGAGGCACUGGCAGCCAUGCAGGAGGAGCUGCGACAGGCCGUGGGCUUGCAGGCUCAGGGCAAGGAGAAGGAGCGUGAGGAGGCUCUACUCCUCGCGCGCAGCAGAGCCGACUUCCUCCUCCGCCGCCUCGACAUAGUCACCCAGCGCGAAGCCUCUGCCCGCGACGACCUGACCACCGCCCGCCGCCAGCUGGCAGCCGCUGCUGAGCUGGCAGGGUCUCUGCGGGCGGCGCAGGCGGAAGCGGCGGCGGCGCGGGAGGAAGCGGCGGCGGCGCGGGAGGAAGCGGCAGCAGCGAAGGCGGAGGCGGCUAGGAGGGAGCAGCAGCUGCAGGCGCUGGUGCAGGCCGGUGAAGCGGAUGUGGCAGCGGCAAGGGCACGAGCAGCGGCAGCAGAGGCGGAGGUGCGGGCGAGGGUGGAAGAGCAGGUGCAGAUGGAGAGGAUGAUUCGUGCGGCGGAGGAGACGGCAGCGGCUGCGGAGGGGAGGCUGCGAGCAGGGCUGGAGGCUGGAGAGGCGAGGGUGAAGGCUGCGCAGGUGACUGCUGCGGGGGCGAGGAGGAGGGAGGAGCAGGCGAGGGUGGCAGUGGAGGUGGCCGAGAGGAGGGUGGCGGCUCUUGAGAGGGAGUUGCUUGCAAUGAAGACACGGCUUCAGGGCAAGCAGGGUAAGGAGGGUGGCGAGGUUGGGGAAUCGGGAGCGGGUGCAGAGGCAGUGACUGGGAGGGAAGAAGCAGUGGUAGAGAGGUCAGCAGCUGUAGCGGAAAAGGCACUGGUGGGUGAGGGUUCUGCAGUUCAGGUGGGUGGUGAACAGGCGUCCUUUUCUGCGGACGUGCGGGCGGCGCUGGAGGCAGCGGAGCAGCGGGUGCAGGCAGCAGAGGAGCGCGCGCAGUUUGCAGUGCGGCAGCUGGAGGUGAUGCGCGCACAGAGGGAGGAGGGGCAGCGGCGCGCCGAGGCGGCUGAGAGGAGGGCGAGGGAGCUCGCUGUGAGGGUGGCAGAGCCGCUGCCGCAUGCGGUGCUAGCCUCGCAGGCCGGGGGGGCGGCUCCGCCAGCGCCUGUCCCCGCGCCUAUGCGCCGAUCCGCGCCCGGGCAGCCUGGGCCACGCGGCCCGCCAUGCGCGCCGCCGUCGUUCGGCGAGCCGUGCAAUGCGGCGUGUUUCGCGGCGGUGGGAAGCAACCCAGCCACGGCUCCCGUGGGCGUGUGGUGGGACCUUGCGCGCUGCCCCAUUCCGACAAACGUUCCGCCAAACUUUCCGCCAAACGUUCCCCCGAACGUUCCGCCGAUCGUCCCCCCGGGUGAAGUGGCGGGGCGGCUGCGCGCGGCGCUGGCGGCGCAACACCGCCACGGGCCGCUAUCCGUGCACGCGUUCGACGACAUGACGCGAUUGGAUCCGCGAAUCGCGGAGGCGCUGAGCACGUCCUGCGUGACUCUCCACCACGUGCCGUCAGGAUCCACGUCAGCACCAGGAUCCCCGAACGACGCAGCGCUUCACAAUUCAACUAUCCAGUCUAGGAUUCAGUCUUCUAACGACGAGUCUAGGAGGCAAGCCUCUGCGGAUAAGGCGGUGCUGACGUCACUGCUGCUCUGGGUGGUAGACCACCCUCCCCCCGCUUCCGUGUUCCUCGUCUCCUCUGACGCUGGCGCCGCCCCCGCGUUGCACGGCCUCCGAUUCCGAUCGUACGACGUCCUCCUCGCCGCGCCGCUAACGGCGCCGCUGGCUGUGCCGUCCUACCCCCCCGCGGCUUGCGAUCCGCAUUCCGCCUCCGCCUCCGCCUCCGUCUCCGCCUCCGCCUGCGCCUCCUUACCGUCCGCUCACCCGCAGCUCGCAUCGCUCAUGGCUGCCGCGACAAUUACGUGGGACUGGAUCAAGCUGCUCCGCCCCCCGCCUUCUCCCUCCCCCUCCCGCGCGCCCUCUCCAUUCCCCCCUGCCCCGCGCAACCCACAGACUCCCGCGCUCUCCCCCCUGCCCCCGUCGCUCCCCUCUUCCGCGCCCGGCUCCGCCUCACAUCCUGGUGGGGCGCAUGCUCCUCCCGCCGUUCCGCUGCCUGCUUCCGCCCCCAACUAUACAACGAUGCCCCCAACUUCCGCGCAUCCCUCCGCGCAUCCCUCCGAUCACAUGGCGCACCUGCUUGCGCAUGGGGUGCAAGGGGGUCCAGCAAUGACACCAGGCGCCUUCCCAGGAGCGCUUGCAACUGCAUCUGCAGUGGCAGAUCCCUAUGCUACUGUGAAGGCAGCAGUGGGUCGACCACAGGCGGCGCUGCCAGCAGCAGCAGUGGCAAUGGGGUUGCCAUUCCGUUGCCAUUAG